GUCUAUAGUUGUGUUUGAUAUUGUAAGUUACGUUGGUGUACGGAACAAAUUUGUGAUCAAUCACUUCAUUUACAACUAAAUAGUAAAUAUUAAAAUAGGAGUUCAAUAUGGAUAAGGUAACUACAUGAUUGUCAAUGUAAUCUUUUCAUAACCAAGUGGAGUCAUGUCUCACAAAAAUCCAGCAUUUUUGCAACAUACAGAUAAUGAUUAUCAACCAUUUUUCAAAACCCCAGAAAUGGAAUUACAGUCAAGGUCUACAUCUGCUUGGCAAAAUCUUGAAAAGGCAUGGUCAUCAGUUGGGGUGCUGAAAGAGCAGCUUGCAAAGACUCAACAAAAGUUAGACAGAGCAUCAAAAGGAUAUACAUACAGUGAUCCUAGCCCAUCUACUUUUGUGUCUUCAUCUAUGCACUCAGGGAAACCUUUAAGAACCUUAAAGACAAUAGAACCUCUUACGUCUUCUAAAAUGAAUCAGGGAUUCAUGAGAGAUACUGAUUAUCAGAGUCUGAAUGUACAUAACAAUGAUCAAAGCUUUAUGGAAGAUUUGCCUGAGAAACUCCCAGCAACAACCUUAGCAUGGACUAUAAAAUCAACAAGAAUGUGGGAAGAGAGUAGUUCAAGCUCAAAAGACAGCUGUUUGGAAGAAGUUGGUGAUUUUAAUUCGGUAGGGCUAGGGAAGUGGACAUACAACUCUGGUAUACCCACAUGGCUGCAACAGAAGAACUUGGGAUCAGAACAUGUUGUUUUUUCUGAAUGGGAAAAACAGUUUUUGCUAAAAGAACUUUCAGAUUUUGGUGAUUUUACAAGUGAAACUAAUUCUGAAGCUCUUCGUGAGACAAAAGUUUGUUUCAUUAAUGACCAAAACUCAGUUCUACAGUAUCAAAGAACACCUGUGUUAAGUGAACAACUUCGGUACAUUCCAAUGCCAGGAGCAAAAAGUGGCCUAGAAAAAAUUAAAGAUCUUAUAGAAAGACAAAAAAAAGAUUUCACUGACAGAGCAUCUGUAAAUGCUGAGGCUCAGCAAUCAGCAGUUGAAGUUUUUAUCACUCCAAGACCUAUCAAAAGUCCAGAUCUGGAAGUUAAGAAAGAAGUUUCCAAAGAUCUGGAGCAGAAUGCUACAGAUUUGCCUUCUGAACUUCAUAGAGGAUGUACAUGUCCAAAGAAGGUUCAUGCUGAGAUACAGCUAAUUAACCAAAAUGUCUCGCGUAAAGUAGCCCCUGCACCCACCAUUCCAGUUUAUCGAGGAUUUAGUGCUUCUGGAAAAAUCAACACCAACAGAAUGGUUCAAGAAAGGAAGCAAGUUAAACAAGAACCUGAAAGAACUUCUAAAGGGUCUAAAGAAAUUUCAAACACAGUAAAUAUUUCACCUGGAAAGAGGAUAAGGAAAAGGAAGAAAAGUCCCAAGCUGACAAACUCUAACUUAAUAAUAACUCCUGCGACAUGGCGUGAAGAAAGAGCUUUGGUGCUUCAGAAAUUAGGGGCACUUCAUGUGUCAGGUAGUCCAAGUACCCAAGUUGGCCAAUCUUCCCAAGUUCAAAAAAGUGAUGUGAAUAAGAGCACAGCUAGAAAAGGAGAAAAUGAUUCAACUGAUAAACACAAAGCUAAUUUCCAAGACAUGAAAAAAGAAGUACACAGCUCGGUACCUGUCAGACCAGACAGAAGUGAAGGUGCUACAGCAACACUUUCACCAGAAAAUAAGAUUGCUGGCAAAGUACGAACAGUCUUAAAGGAUUUGCAAAGUUAUGAUGCUGAGAGAGAUGAUUCCUUUGUUCAAGAGGAUGAAGUAACUACACAGCAGCCUUCCUCUAAGAAGCCAAAGAGAAUGGGAAGUAAAAAAAGGAAAGCUCUAAAACAGUCAGAAUUGGAACAAAAGGCACCAGCUCCAAAAGUCAGGCACUAUGAUCCUACAGUUGUACGGCAGUAUAUCAGUAAACAGAAAUCUGAGCGACGGAAGCAGAUGGUAGAGGAGAGACAAAAAACAGUACUUGCUGAAGAAAGGAAACUUCAGCAACUCCAACAGCUAUAUGCUAAACAGAAAAUUACAGUAUUAGCUAGUAUUAAGAAACCAACCCUAGAUAAUGAUAAUAAGAAGCAGAGUGAGUCUGACAUGAUAGCCAAGCCCACUUCAACACCUCAGAAUUCACAAAACAAUGAAGAGGAGCACACAAAUUCUUCAUAUCUUGAAACUGUCCCAUUGUCCACUUCUUUGGCUGAAGAAUCAUCUUCAGCAAACCAAAUAAAUGAUUUACAGUCUGUCUGCACCACUCAGCCAUCAGAUGUUAAGGUUGAGUGUACAUCAUAUGAAUUACCAGCUAUUGUUGCUGAAGGAUCCAGCCAUUUGUUGAAAUCAAAGAGCUUCAGUAAGCCAGAAAGCUUACAGGCUCAGCAAGAAACUUUUGUUCAUCCUGUUGUAAAAAAUCUCCAGACAUUGGCCACGUCUAUCCAGAGCAGAAUUGAUGAAGAGAGUCGACGAUUGAAAGCUCUUCUUGAGGGUGUUAGAUCAGAUGACAGUUCUCAGUGCUUAACGUUACCUGGUGGGAGUGAAGGUCAUGUGUCUGUAGAAGGAAGAAAUAGCCUGAGUAAAGAAAGUUUACCAGGUAUAGGAGACCUUAGAGCUCAUCAAAGGAAGCAACAACAUCACAAACUCACUCAAGCAGCUGUGAAGAUUCAGUCAGUUUUUCGAGGCUAUAAAACCAGGAAGGAGUUAAGAAAAUUGAGGGAAAAUAAUAUGAUUGUAUCAUCUGUUUUUGCAUCUGAAGAAAAGGAUACAGAUGACAGCCUUAGUGAGGGGCCACUUCUAUCAGAUGAUGGAAAAGAAAACUGUUCUAAAAGGCUUAUAGAGGCAUGGCAAGAUAAUUCAGAGAAGACUUUAAAACACAAAUAUUCAUUUCGCUCCAACUGGAAUAUCCCCAGAACACCAGAUCCUUUCAAUUUUAUCAGUGCUUGGCAGCAGAAGCAAAUGUUUCCACUGCAGAGAAUCCAAAGUAAAACAGACAGUAGUUUUAAAUUAAAUCUUCAACUUGCAUCAAAAACUUCACCUGAUAUGGAGUACAGUGCAGAUUUCACUGAAUCCAGUGUGAAAUCUUCUGAAACAUCCAUUAGGUUACACACUUUGUCAGAAUCCCUUUCUCACAACACAAGCUCUUCCUCAUUAACAGUUAGUGAGAAGAGAAAUGAUUUAGUCAGUGGUGGUUUUACUAAUUCACAGGAUGAGGUUGAUGAGAUUUCUUCAAGGAUAUAUCCUUCUGUUAAGAAGCAAGUUAGUGUAGCUGUAUUAGAGAAGGACUCAGCUGAGAAGACAGUUCCGUCAAACAAGAACUCUAAAGAAACAUCUCUAAAUGCAGUUGUAUCCAGAAAAGACUCGUACGAGGAGUUAGAUGUCAGUGAUACACUAAGUGAAGGAAGUUUGUCCUCAGGUACACUGUCUGAAGGCAGAAUAUCAGCACUGAAUGCCUCAGGAUCAAAGGAGAGUAGGAAGGAAACUAGUAGCUCAGUAACUUUAAGAUCUGAAGACCAUGAGUUGAAACCUUUCUCAGGUGUUGAAUCUAAACAUGAGAAUGUGAUCCAGAGGAGUUCUACCACAUCGUCUGAUGCUGUAAUACCCACCAGAAACAGUGUGUCUGUUAGACAUUCCAUGAUACCAGAGAAUCGUCAUGAUCAAGUUAAACCACAGGACCUCUCCAGGCUCCCCCCUUCUUCUCUAGGUAUACGAUUGAGUGCUGAACUAACAUACUUGGAUGACAUCAAUGAGUCUCUCCUUCAGCUAAGUGAAGUCAGUCGAGUUCAUGCUGUUUCUUCUGCUCGACAGGAUGUUAUCAGCGUAGCAAACAUACUAGAGGAUGUUCAACAGUCUCACAAAAAAGAACAUCGUGAGCUUCAUCAGGAGAUUCAGAGACAACAGCAUGAAUUGGACUUGAUCCGACAUAGCCAGCAGCAGAUGGUAGAGGACAAUGCUCAGAGAGCCUUUACAGACUCUGCUCAGAAGCUAAUGAAUUAUCAAGCAAGAGCUGCAGUUGCUACAGCUGAAGCUGCUCGAGAACUUGCCAAGGUGAAAGUGACUCCUCUGAAAGAGUUCGGAGCUUUGUGGCAACAACACAGUGAAGGAACAACUAGACUGAUUUCCACUGCAGCUGCCGCAGCUGCUACAUCUGCUGUAACAGCAGUUUUUCAAGGACAGCAACAAAAAUCAAUAUCUUUCAGAGAGAAGCCUGGAACAGGUAAUGAAAAACUUUCAGAUCAUCUUUCUUACACCAGUGACUUUGAACAAGUAUCUACUCUUCCUUCUUCAAAACUUGAAGAUGUAUCUGAAAAACUUCAUGAUGUACAGCUAAGUGGUGUGUCUGAGAGUGUUACAGAAAGGAAUCGAUCUAAGCUUAGCAGCAGUAGUAGUAUCUCAGAGGACAAAGAGGUAAGCAAUGAUACUGCUGAGCAUGUUUCAGACAAGAAUAAUUCCAAGUUUAGCAGCGUCUCAGAAGACAAGGGGAUGAGUGACACUGUUGUGUCUGAACAUCUGCACGAGGAAGCAGGAUCCAACCAGCCAUCAGCUGCUAGUUGUGUUUCAGAACAGAUUUCCACUGUUAGGGAGAAGAAUGAGAAUACUGUUUCAGAGCACCUCUAUAGUCUUGGAGAAAAAAAUGAGAGUUUUAUUUCUGAUCACACACUAUCUCGGGACGAGAGCAGGCAAUUUGUAACUAGCAGGUUCAGACACAAAAAGUCUGCUAGAAGUAGAUCCUCUAAAACAGAAGAUAGAUCAACAGAGAACACAGAACAAUAUGAAGAAGGUGUACCAAAACUACAUUCCUCUAAACUUGUUUUGCCUACAAAAGAUCAUAGAAGCCACUCACAUUCACGGAACAAACCUAGCAGCAUAUCGUCGACAAGCAGUACAUCGGAUCAGGAAUCUCAAUUUUCUGUCGGAUUGCUGCUGUAUGGAGAGGAAAAGGAAGGCAGUGUUCCUUCUUUGUUUUCCGAAGAGUCAUUCACAAAUUUCACAGUGAACAUGGUUCGUCGACUUGCGAAAGAGGAAGAACUCAGGGCCCGCCAUCAGCUGGCACUUUUACAGCUCCAGGAAAAAGCUUUGGUAGAUAAAGCUAGGUCUGAAAUGGCAUGGCUAGAACUUGCCAAAAGGAAUUUCCGGUUGAAAGGAUCAGAGAAUAAAGUUCCCUCAGUUCGCAAGCGACAGAGAGGCAUUCUUAUGAAGUUGAAACAAGAGCGUAGUGAAAUACAACGACUCCAACAAGCCCAUCGCUCUGCAGCAAAAAACAGACGAGAAUUUCUAGAACAGCAAGAAAAAGUCAAGGAAUUGAAAUCAGGUGUUUGCCAGAAAGAAGAUAUAAACCUUGAAGAGGAAAUAGAAAUUUUCUCAAAGAAGUCCAGAUCAUCUUCAAAUUCAGAGUCAUUGGAUUAUUCUGGUAUCAUAUCAAAGGCGAAGAAAAAUCCAUCAUUAAAUUCUAAAAUUCUAGGAGACUCUGUGUCUGAGCAUGUUUCAACUGAAAGUGCAGUUCUGACAGAAGAGGCUGUGUCUGAGCAUGUUUCUACAGAAAGUGUAGUUCUGACAGAAGAAUCUGUGUCUGAGCAUAUUUCUACAGAAAGUGUAGAUGCAACAGAAGAGUCCAUUAAACCUGCUACUGAUGAAGACCAUGAAAUUUCUGAAGGAUCAGAAACACCUUCCUUAGAAUCUGUUGUGGAAGCCAUUGGUCCAACUUCUAGUCAAACCACUAGCUCCAAAACCUCCAUACCUACAAGCUUAAAAUCUGAGAAAAGAAUCGAAAAACCAGUUGAAAGACAUAAACUGGCUGAAAAAGGAGCUGAUAAGUCACUUAGCAGAUUAAAAGGAUCAUCUGAUAUGUCCUCAAAGCAAACUUCUCGUGAGGGACAUCUGAAAUUAAAGGCUGGGAAACGAUACCUUACUAAAAGAGAACAAAAUCUCCAUCAACGAAGAAAGGACUUAGAACACCUUAUUAAGUGGCAGCAUCAGUUAGAUAAGCAGGAAGCAGAAGUUCGGAAACUGGAGAAAAAGGCGUUAGAGCUACUAGAUACUGAUCGCAAGAGCAUGGCUAUUACAGAAUAUAGCUCCACAGAAAAAAGGACUAGACAGACAGCUGAAAGUCCUGACAAAACUAUAUUAAAUUCAACAACAAUCACCACACAACAGAUCCAAGGUUCAACUUCUGUUUCAUCUAAAGAGGAUAGGAAAGAAAGAACUCGGACAAGUGGAAGUGAUAGCUCUGUGGCUGAAGACCUUUCUCUACAUGAUCAGUCACGUGUGAGCUCUGACAGUAUACUGGAAGAGGUCAUCCAGUGUACUUCAAGAAUUAGUCCUGCCUAUGACAAGAAAGAUGGGGCCCAGAAUGUGGCUGACCUUUACUCUGAAUCUUUUGAAUCAGCUGAUAAUUCUGUGACCAGCAACCCCUCUGCUCAAAAGAUUUCUAAACGUGGAAGUAAGUCUGAAGAAGUUAGUGGGGGACAUAGAAGUUUUGGAAUCAUGAUACGUUCUCCUCUAGUUCCUCGAAGCCAUCGAAGGCAUGAUUCCAGUGGUUCAGAAGACUCUCUUACUAUUUCUCUGUCAGAAACUGCAUCAGAUCAAAGUGACAUCGAAGGAAGGAUUUUUGCCCUGAAGGAGGAGCUGCGUCAUCGGCGGUUAGUAGCUGAAAGGCUCAAGAAAGAUCAAAAACAGAUAUACAGAGAACGUCUAAAAGAACGAGAGCAAUCACUGAAGAAACAGAUAGAGGCAUAUGACAAGUUCAUUCAGAAGACCAAGCAAGAUCUUGAUCAAGAACUAGAAACUUCGGUCCUUUCUAGUUCCAGCCUAACUCCAUUACAGAUUAAGCCACAAAUCAAACAGCCUCGAGUAGCUGAAUCUCGUCGGCUGUGUAAACAGUUAAAACUGGACAAGAGUCAGAGUUCUGGAGAGGUCAGCCCAGUGAAAUUAUGUGCAGAAGUCACUGCAGUUGAUGAUGCCACAGAGUUGGGAAUAUCUAAAAGUGAACAAGAAAUUUCAACCUUGCUGCCAUACUCUAGGGACGAACAAAAAUCUACUGACUUCACAUCUUCAGGUUCAUCUAAAAGUCAGCAAGAUAAUACUGGGACAGUGCAGUCCUAUUUCAAGGAUAAACAAGAUUGUUCAGGGUCAUCAACUUCUGGUUAUACAUAUGACCAUGAGGUAAAAAAAGCAUUAGUCUUAGGCUUUGAAGAUGAACACAAGUAUAAGAACAUGCCAUCUUUGAAUUCCAGGGGUGAACAAGAAUUUUCCAUGUGUAAAGAAGUAUCUGUAGUUUCAGAUCUCUAUGUUUCUAAAAGUAAAAACACUGAUUCAGUUGUAACAAGUUCUAGUAAUAAACAUGGGGUAAAAGAUAAAGGUCCUUCAAUCUCUAAAGAUCAAUUUGUUUCAUCAGAAUCUGAGGAAGAGGUAAAAGAAUCAGUGCCUUCAUGUGAAGUAAAUUUUGAUAUAUUAUUGCUUUCUGGAUCAAAAAGUGUAUCUCAGACUAUAUCAUCAGUGCUUUUAGACUCCAGACCUGAAGAACAAAUUAGUGAAUCAGAACAUUCAAAAUCAAGAAGUGUGCCUGAAGGUACAGAAUCAGUGCCUUCUAGUUCCAGUGCUAAAGAUAGAAUUAGUGAGUCAGAAUCAGGAAUUGUACAUGAAGUUACAGGAUUAGUGCAUUCAGGCUCUAGAGCAAAGAAGAGAAUUAGUGAAUCAGAACAUUUAGAAUCAAGAAGUGUGCCUGAAGGUACAGAAUCUGUGCCUUCUAGUUCCAGUGCUAAAGAGAAAGUAAAAAUCAAAUCAUUCAGAAUCAAGACACAUAUCAGAAGUUACAGAGUCAGUGCCUUCUGGUUCCAGUGCUAAAGAUAGGAUUAGUAAAUCAGAAUAUUCAGAAUCUAGGAGUGUGCCUAAAGCUACAGAAUCAGUGCCUUCUGGUUCCAGUGCUAAAGAUAGGAUUAGUAAAUCAGAAUAUUCAGAAUCUAGGAGUGUGCCUAAAGCUACAGAAUCAGUGCCUUCUGGUUCCAGUGCUAAA